GUCAGUUUGCUUUCGAGACAAUAUGCAGAAGUCACAACGUGGUCUGUGCUGGAUGCUGUUUUUGUUGGGCUCACUGAUCCUCACUUUAACGCUGGCCUUCAGUUACUGGAUGUUUGUUCCACGGGAGGUGCACUUAUGGUCGCUGAUUUCGCGCAAUUACAGCGGGCCAGAAGCAAAGUUCUCCAUACUCCCGGGGAUGGUGCCAGAGGGACUCAAGCUGAAGCACGGGCCGCCCUUCGUCUACCAGAUAUUACAUUAGUCCAAACGCACAACAGGGUAUAAUGCUAUGUAAUCGUAUUCUAGUUUAACAAUAAAUUAUAUGUACGUUGGAGAA